UCCCAUUGGUCGAUCGACAUGUCAGUCAAACUGCAUCUGUGACUCAUGUGAGCGUUCCCUUGUUGGAAACAGGGAUGAAAUGGACUAGCAACUGCAACAGCCUGGAAGGUCAAAAUACCUCAGCUUAAGGUCUCUAGUGGUAGCAUGGCAGCAGCAUUCCUUGAUGGGAAGAAUGCAAACUCUCUCCUCAAACGUUUUCCACGUGCCAAUGGCUUCUUGGAGGAGUUUCGGCAGGGCAACAUUGAGAGGGAGUGUGCUGAGGAGAGCUGCAGCUUUGAGGAGGCCAAUGAAGUGUUUGAAAACAAGGAGCGAACGAUGGAGUUCUGGAAGAAACGCACCGUCUACACAGUAAACAGCAAUGCUGAUUCGCGCUCAGAGCGGCCGGACACUGUCUACAUGGUAGUGCCACUGCUGGGCGUUGCUCUUCUCAUUAUCAUCGCGCUCUUCCUCAUCUGGCGUUGUCAGCUGCAGAAGGCCACGCGACGGCGUCCGGCUUACACCCAGAAUCGCUACUUGGCAAACCGGAACACCCGCAGCCUUCCACGCAUCCUGGUGCACCGCGACCCACCCUCGCAUUCAGAGAACUCGCAUGCCAACGAGAGGCCUAGCGUAGUGGUCAGUGGCGCGGAGAGGGGUGGAGCUCCCGUCACGACCCAAGACGCCCAUCAUCACACCCCGAACAAUCGCUCGCUGUACGUACAAGAUUCAUCUUUGUCCGUCGCGUCCCACUUGUCUGGGGCCACCCCACCACCUUCCUACGAGGAAGUUACCGGCCACCUAGAGAGCAGCAGCGACGAGACGUCCGCCCCCUACAGCGAUCCUCCGCCUAAAUACGAGGAGAUUGUUUUAGAAAAGUGAAAGAAUAGGGACACGCCACCAAACAUUAGGGAACAUUCGCACUAGUUCCCAAGCACUUAUCCUAACGUGGAUCUCACUCGGAGCAAAGCGUGCCAGUUUUCCGAGUCAUAAGCAGUUGCCUUGUGUUGUCGGUCGGUACUGCACUGGUAAACAUGGUCGUUUUAGAGUCAAUCACAUCCCCAAAGUUGCAUCUUCUUCUUUUUUUAUGCAAGGUGUCCUUUUUCGCACAAUAUCUUCAUUCCAUGCACCUUUUUACUUCUCUUUUUUAAGCUUUCACAGCACAAUGCAUGAUUCUCAGCUGCUACCUUUGGGAAAGAGAAAAGAGGGUCUAGAUGUUGCAAAAUAAUCGGGUAUCAAGCUUCAGAAUCUGCUAGCCAAAAAUGUGGGAAAACAGGUCGAUGUGCCAAAUCGAAAACUGGUAUAUCCUAUGAAUGAUCAGACGCGAUGUGAGACACUGUGGACGUUCUUCAUUAAUGUGUGGCCUGUCCUUUUCACAUCAUUUAUAGGCAUUGUCUGAUGGUUUCUUCAGCAACACAGAAAUGUAAACCCUGUGAAUUCUUAUACCAGCAGUAUCUCUGAUUCCUUAGGAUUAGUAAUACACUAUCGUGUAGAUUGUAACUAACUCUUGAGUAGAAACAACUAUCCGAAUCACACGACAGUAAGACCAUCUGAUAUUGUUUGCACUCUUAUGUAUGCACAAGCGUUUGCUUGUUUACAGACACGUACACAGAAAUUGUAUUAGAAUGUAAUGCGCUCAUAUAUAUCAAGCACAGAGGAUCACCUCUGAAAACAAACUCAUCGUAGGCCUUAGAUAAUGUACAAAUCAAUGGUCUGCUCGGCAGUUAGUAGCUGCUUGUGAAUCUACGGUUAGUUACCUCAAAUGCUGUGCUCACACAAUCACUCUUUCCCAAAACACAAAUGCACAAAAACCCGCGUCGAGGGCCCAAUCACGGAUAAUACGACAUUCCAGGCCUUCCGAUUCCUGUUGUUUUUUCCUCCCCCUUAUUCUCAGACUGUUUACAAGUGCUUAAGUUUGUAUAAAGUCUUGACAUCACUGGGUGCUAUACUGUA